AUGAAUUGGCCACCGGAAAUUGGCGCUAUGACCGAGUACUUGCGCCGGAACGACGUGUUGGCGUCUUUGCAUGUAAAUACAACGAUGCGGCCAGAGGCGUGGGUCGAAUGCAAUCCAAACGUGGGCCCUGCAAUCCACGCACACACGCGGGAUACCGCUGCGGGUGCUACGUACCUUCCAGGAAUCCUUGAGCGUGGUGUGCCGGUGCUCUUGUACGCCGGUGAUCAGGAUCUGGUGUGCCCGUCCCUGGGCUUGCAGCGAUUUGUUGAUCAUCUGACUUGGCAUGGCGCUCAGGGCAUGCAGGGCGCCAAGCCUGAGCCAUGGACAAUCAACCAUGCACUUGUGGGCACGUGGCAAUCGGCACGGAAUUUGACGUUUGCAACGCUCAUCAAUGCAUCGCAUAUGGCGCCAUACGACGCUCCCUAUGCGGCGCAUGACAUGAUGCUCAGGUUCAUGGAUGUGCGUCUGCCGCGCGUAUCGAAGCAGACGCCGUCGGUGCAGUCGAACAUCGGGAAGGAUGAACGUGUGCUUGUGCCGCAUGAUGCGGCCUUACUGCUGCAGAACACAUCGGUGGCCCCAACGACGUCGUCGUCCAUGCCGUCAUCACUGCCAGCCUAUGCAUCUGACCUGUCCGGCAGUCUGCUUGUAUGGAUCCUCAUCGGGAUGGCCAUUGCACUAUGUGUCUACAUGCGGCGACGUGUCCGGCAUCCGAUAGGCACCCAGUACCAUGCUGUGGGACAGCACGUCAUGGAAGAUGCAGCAGCAUCGCUUGAGUCGGCAACGAGGCGGCCACCGGAAACACAAGAUGCGCAGUGGUUCUCUGCGGAUCACGAGCUCGACACAUUUACGCUGGGUGAUGAGCACGACGAAGAUAAGAAUCUGGCGCUGCGAUAG